AUGUCAACUGAGAGUGCCGACGACAUUAAUGUCGGUGUCGCCCUCAGUACUGCUCUUCUUCUUCCAAGCGAUCUGGAGCGAAAUGCUGGGUACAGCGAGUAUGAGAAUUAUACGCUAAUGCUCCAGCACUCUGUUCAAAUGAAGAAAUUGGAAGAUCAGGCCGAGGCCGCUACUAAGGCCCUGCAGAUAGCCGAAGAAAAAGUGGAGUUUGCUGAGGCUAUUAGAAAAGUUGCGGAAGCUGAAAAGAAGGAGUUUAAAUUGAAAAUGGCUCAGGCUGAGAAAGAGCUUCAAAAGGCUCUGGCCACAAAAAAAGCCGAAAUCAAAGAGGUUGAUGAGAAGGCCUACGCCCAGGGCAUGGAUGACGUCACUGAGGAAUACAAACUUCAAGUUAAGCAGGCUGAAGAAGAAUCUGAAUCUGAGUCUGAGUCUGAAGCCGAAGAUGAGGAUAACGAUGACGGUGAUGCUUUAGUAAGGAAGCCCAAGGACGCUGAUGAGAUCCAACCUCUUCUUCAGGAUGAUCAAAUCCUAGACCUGACUCAUGAAGAGGAUGAGGAGGUUAUUAAGGAGGCUACUCCUGAACAAGCAUCAUCUGACGUCCCUCCAACCGAUGAUAGUCUUAAUCAAACACUUGCCGAAAUUGAUGCCGAGAUCAUGGCCGAGAAGGCUGCCGAAGUAGCUUUUCAAGAACCUGCUGAGGUCCAAACCCAAAUUGCUCCUGAGGCUGAAGAAUCGUAG